AUGUCAGGCAUCGAGCUUGUGGGUCUCGUCCUUGGAGCCUUCCCCAUCAUUCUUAAUGGCCUUGAAUCCUACCGCAAAGGCUUUGAGCCUCUCGACGAAUGGUGGCAAUUCCGCACACACUUCAUUGCCUUUACCGACGACAUCAGGCAUCAGAUGAUGAAGUACAAUGAGAAUAUGAUCAGGCUCUUGGAUCCCAUAACCAUAUGCACUGACGGCGACCAAUUGGCGGCGUUGUUGAUGAUCCCGGAUCAGAACAGCCCAGAAGCUGAUCUAGAAAAGAUCCUUAGAGGACGCCUGGCCAGCGAGCUAGACAGGUUUCUGAGGAUUGUGCAACGCAUGCAUGAGCUUAUACUAGCCUUGAACAAGCUGUUGCAGAUCGAAGAUGGAAAGGCAAGAUACACUUUCAAUCGCUUCGAGCCAGACUGUGCUGGUUAA